UCAGACUUGGUAUUUGCGUCUUGUUUCAACAGUGUUCAUGAAAUCGCUUACAUCUGACGUAUUGAUUUUCAGAAUUUUAUCAUAUUGAGAGGGAUGCUUCCCAAAUACUGGAUUUGCUGAUGUCAGGUGAGGUUUCUGACUUAGAGCUCUCAGAAAACGAAGAAAGUGGCCCUGAUGAUGCAGAAUCUAUUCCACAAUGCACUAGACCUGGUGCUGAUGUAGCCACAAACUACGAAGAGGAACUGGAGGACGAUAGUUGCAGCACAGAAGAUGAUGACCAAAAUCAUACUUAUGCACAGGACUCAAAUGUUGAAGACUAUUAUUCCAUCUGAGUGGGUGUUUAGUGAAAAAAGUGAUAUUAGAUGGAGAAGAAAAUCGCCUACACUCCAAAACACACCUAUAGGUGAAGACCAGUAUUCAGUGCAGCCAUCAGAGUGUGAUAUGACACCCAUUGAAUAUUUUUCAGAGUACAUUUCCCAUGCUUGCUUAGAAAAUAUGGUUGAAAAAACCAACAUGUAUGCAUUGCAACACGGGAAAACAUUUACACCGACAAAUGUAACGGAAAUAAAGGCUUUCCUAGGACUUCAUAUAAUUAUGGGAUGCUUGAAAUACCCCAGAGUUAGAAUGUAUUGGGAUUCAGCAUUGCAUUUAGAUCCCUUUGUGGAAAGUAUGUCAAGAGAGAGAUUUUUCCAACUGAGAUCAAAUUUCCAUGUAAUUGACAAUUUCGCAAGGCCAGAAAAUUGCAAAGACAAAUUUUACAAAGUGAGACCCAUUUAUGAUUGUAUUAGACGUAGAUGUUUGGAACUACAGACUGAGGAAGAAUUGUGUGUUGACGAGCAAAUGAUUCCUUUCAAAGUUCAUUUAGGAGUAAAGCAGUAUUGUAAGGGAAAGCCAAAACCUUGGGGUAUAAAACUGUUUUUAUUAUGUGGAAGAAGUGGUCUGUGCUAUGACUUUCUGUUGUACCAAGGAGAUACUCCAGAAAUCUCAAACAAGUUUGUAAGAAAGUUUGGUUUAGGAGCAUCUAUUGUUCUAAAACUUGUUGAGAGAAUUAACAGGGAACAUGCUUAUUUAUAUUUUGAUAAUUUCUUCACAACAUUCAACUUACUAGAAAUAUUAAAAAUAAAAAAUAUAUAUGCAGCAGGAACAGCAAGACUAUGUCGCAUGCCAAAUGUACCUUUCACCAGUGAUAAGGAUUUGAAAAAGAAAGGGCGUGGUUUUUCUGAAGAAGUGGUGAGCAUGAAUGAAGCAUUGAUAAUGUGUAAAUGGUUUGACAACAGACCAGUAGUUCUGGCAUCAAAUUUUGUAGGAUGUGGUAGUCAAGAUGAAGUACAGCGCUGGGAAAAAUCAAGAAAGACAUAUGUUUCUGUCUCACAGCCUGAAGUUGUACGUUGUUACAACCAUGCUAUGGGUGGUGUUGACAAAAUAGAUAUGUUAAUUAGCAUGUAUAGGAUUUUUAUUAAACCUAAAAAAUGGACAUUGAGAAUGUUGUUCCAUGCUGUAGAUUUAGCGUGUGUGAACAGUUGGUUGGAAUACAAAAGAAAUACUGAAUCACUGGGAGAGAAAGAGACAAUGGAUUUACUUCAUUUUAAGAUGAGAAUAGGAGAGGCUCUUGUAAAAAUGGGCACUAGUACCAAAGUGAAACGUGGCAGACACAGUAGUGAUUUACAGGACAUAAAAGCAAAAAGAGCAAGAACUGAGAUUCGUCCGGCACCAGAGAUUCGGAAUGAUCUUACUGGACAUUUUCCUGGGUACCAUGAUAAUACAGAAGCUUCAAGGUGUAAAAUGCCUAGUUGUAAGAAUAAAACUCAUGUCUUUUGUGAGAAAUGUAAUGUUCAUCUAUGUUUUGUCAAAGGAAGGAAUUGUUUCAAAAUGUUCCACAAUGCAGGAUGUAACAACCGUUGA